AUGAUCCACGGUCCGUGCGGCGCAUUCAACGCACAGUCACCGUGCAUGUCCGAUGGAAAGUGUAAAAAACGCUAUCCAAGAAACCUGCUGACCGAAACAAUCACCGGAAACGACGGAUAUCCACUGUAUCGCCGUCGAUCGACAGCGGAUGGCGGAAAAUCCAUCAUUUUAAAAGUACGGAGAAAUGAUGUUGAAGUCGAUAACUCUUGGAUUGUGCCGUAUUCGCCUUUACUCUCAAAGACAUACAAAGCGCACAUAAAUGUCGAGUAUUGUAAUUCGGUUAAAUCAAUCAAGUACAUUUGCAAGUAUGUCAACAAAGGGAGCGAUAUGGCGGUUUUUGCACUUGAAAACGGGGCUGACGCUCACGACGAAAUUGACCAAUUUCAAUUGGGACGCUACAUUAGUAGCAAUGAAGCCGUGUGGCGCAUCCUGUCAUUUCCAAUCCAUGAACGACAUCCAACUGUCGUUCAUUUGGCAGUCCAUCUGGAAAACGGGCAACGCGUGUACUUUACAGCCCAAAAUGUACGUGCACGAGCGUCAUGUGCUCCAGCGACAACGCUUACUGCAUUUUUUGAUUUAUGUCGACAUGAUAUGUUUGCCAAAACGUUGCUGUACUCUGAUGUUCCAAAAUACUACACGUGGAACGCAAAAAAGAAACAGUUUCAACGGCGCAAACAAGGUAGGGCCGUUAGUGGACACAACAAUUUGUUUUUAUCCGACGCCUUGGGUCGUCUUUAUACGGUCCAUCCUCAAAAUGCCGAAUGCUUUUAUUUGCGGUUAUUACUAAUCAACAUCCAUGGCCCGACCGGUUUCAAAGAUUUGCGGACGGUAAACAAUCGACUCUGCGCAACAUAUCGUCAGGCUUGCCAGGAAUUAGGCCUAUUAGAAGAUGAUACGCAUUGGGAAACCACUCUCGCGGAUGCAUCAAAUAUAGCUUGGCCAUGGCAAAUACGACUGUUGUUUGCAGUGAUUUUGACAACUUGCUCGCCAUCGAAUCCAAUUGAUCUUUGGGAAAAAUACAAAAACCACAUGAGUGAAGAUAUAUUGCGUCGAUUGCGUAGAAUCAAUCCAGGUGCGGACAUAGAUUUUUCCCCGGACAUAUAUAACCAAGCGUUGGUGUCCGUUGAGGAUAUGUGUUUAACUAUGGCCAACAAAACGCUAACGCAGUUAGGGAUGAGCGCGCCUAACAGAGCCGCACAUCCGCUGUUCGAUCGUGAUUUACAACGAGAAACAGAGUUUAAUGUAGCCGAGUUAGCACACUAUGUUCACGAAAAUCUACCGAAAUUGGUUCCAGAACAACGUGUAGCUUAUGAUAGCAUUAUGCGUGCAAUCGAAAGCCAAAGUGGAGGACUGUACUUUCUCGAUGCUCCUGGAGGAACAGGGAAAACUUUCCUACUUUCACUCAUUUUGGCUACCAUAAGAUCACAGGGAAAUAUGGCAUUAGCAGUUGCAUCGUCUGGAAUUGCGGCAACGCUUUUAGACGGUGGCCGAACAGCUCACUCGGCACUGAAAUUACCGUUAAACAUACAAAAUAAUGAGGCACCGACAUGUAAUAUCAGUAAGAACUCCGGAAUGGGCAAAGUUCUUCAGUCAGCUCAGCUCAUUAUUUGGGAUGAAUGUACGAUGGCACAUAAAAAAGCCUUGGAAGCGCUCAAUCGUACGCUCAAAGACGUACGGGCAAACCAACGGCUUUUUGGUGGUACAUUGAUAUUACUAUCUGGAGACUUUCGACAAACUUUGCCAGUCAUACCACGCUCUACGCCCGCUGAUGAAUUGGCUGCGUGUCUUAAAUCAUCAGUUUUGUGGCUACACGUACAGAAGUUGUGUUUGAAGACCAACUUACGAGUACAUUUACUAGAACAGGAUGCAUCAGCUCAAACGUUUGCUGAGCAGUUGCUUGAUCUUGGAAACGGUACAAUGCCAACUGAUGGACCUGACCACUUCAUCACAUUGCCUACGAACUUUUGUGUAUUCACGGCAACGGCGAGCGAAUUGAUAGGCAAAGUUUUUCCAGAUAUUGCACAAAACCAUCGAAAUAUUGACUGGCUGAGUGAACGUGCCAUAUUAGCGGCCAGGAACAUUGAUGUGGAUGCAAUGAACUUGGAAGUGCUAGCCCAAAUACCAGGCGAAGCAAAAUUGUUCAAAUCCAUUGAUACUGUCCUGAAUGACGUAGAGGUAAUCAAUUAUCCAACCGAAUUUCUAAAUUCGCUGGAUUUACCGGGCAUGCCGCCGCACGUCUUAACACUGAAGGUCGGAGCGCCCAUUAUUUUACUUCGAAAUCUUAGUCCACCGCAACUCUGUAACGGUACGAGGCUCACGGUAACCAGCAUAACAUCGAACGUUAUAAAAGCCACAAUUUUGAAUGGCAAAUUCAAAGGCGAUGAGGUUUUGCUGCCGCGUAUACCGAUGAUUCCGGUGGACGUGCCGUUCGAAUUUAAGCGCUUGCAGUUUCCGGUACGGCUCGCAUUCGCAAUGAGCAUUAACAAGGCACAGGGACAAACUCUUAAAGUGUGUGGAUUGAACUUGAAAAAUCCAUGUUUUUCACACGGACAGUUGUACGUUGCCUGCUCACGCGUUGGAAAACCAUCGAAUCUAUUCGUGUACGCACCGGAUCGCAAAACAAAAAAUUGCGUGUAUCCGAAGGCAUUAGAGUGA